CGACUCCUCUGAGCCUGGACUUGGCGCUCCGCUGCAGCAAGGCGGUGAAAAAGUUUCUUUUGCCGGCGAAAGGGCCUUCGGUGCGCCGACAGUUCCCGUACUGCAACUGUGCCGCAGUCAGCCUUUCUUUUUGAUUUCCCUCACGCUGCUCUGGGGCAUGAAAAGCAUUCGCUGUUGGGAGUAAAAGAAAGGAGUUUACCUGGGAGUACGAGAGGAGGGCGCGCGCACACGCGAUCCGCGGCGCGAGCACCCACUGACUCCUGGAAGUUUGCGCGGGGUUCCGAGUGAGUGCGGGCUGCGCAACGCAGGGCCCACCGAGAGGCCGCAGGACUGCGAUGGGUGCGCCGAGGCUCCGCGCGCACGCGGCGGCGCUGGCGUUGCUGCUGUGUUUGGCCCUGGGACGUGCGGGCCUGGCCGAGGGUAGCAGCCACCAGUGCCCGGUUCCCUGCCGCUGCCUCGAGGAUCUGCUGGACUGCAGUCGCCAGCGGCUGGCGCACCUUCCCGAGCCGCUCCCGCCCUGGGUUACUCGGCUGGACUUAAGUCACAACAGAUUGUCUGUCAUCAAAGCAAGUUCCAUGAGCCACCUUCAAAGCCUUCGAGAAGUGAAACUGAACAACAAUGAAUUGGAGACCAUUCCAGAUCUAGGACCAGUCUCAGCAAAUAUCACACUUCUCUCCUUAGCUGGAAACAAGAUUGGUGAAAUAUUACCCGAACAGCUGAAACAUUUUCAAUCCCUGGAAACAUUGGACCUCAGCAGCAAUAAUAUUUCAGAUCUUAAAACUGUAUUUCCACCUCUGCAACUCAAAUAUCUGUACAUCAACAGCAACCGGGUCACAGCCAUAGAACCUGGCUAUUUUGACAGUUUGGCCACCACACUCCUAGUACUGAAGUUGAACAGGAACCGAAUUUCCGCUAUUCCACCCAAGAUGUUUAAACUGCCCCAACUGCAACACCUUGAGCUGAACCGAAACAAGAUUAAAAACGUAGAUGGACUCACGUUCCAAGGGCUCGGAGCUUUGAAGUCUCUGAAAAUGCAGAGAAAUGGAGUAACAAGACUUAUGGAUGGAGCUUUUUGGGGGCUGAGCAACAUGGAGAUCUUGCAGCUGGACCAUAACAACCUCACAGAGAUUACCAAAGGCUGGCUUUAUGGCUUGCUGAUGCUGCAGGAACUUCACCUCAGCCAAAAUGCCAUCAGCAGGAUCAGUCCUGAUGCCUGGGAGUUCUGCCAGAAACUCAGUGAGCUGGACCUAACUUUCAAUCACUUAUCGAGGUUGGAUGAUUCAAGCUUCCUGGGCCUCAGCUUGCUAAAUACCCUGCACAUUGGGAACAACCAAGUCAGCUACAUUGCUGAUUGCGCCUUCCGGGGGCUUUCCAGUUUAAAGACUUUGGAUCUGAAAAAUAAUGAAAUUUCCUGGACUAUUGAGGACAUGAACGGUGCUUUCUCUGGGCUUGACAAACUGAGGCGGCUAAUCCUCCAGGGAAACCGGAUUCGAUCUAUUACCAAAAAAGCCUUCGCCGGUCUGGAUGCAUUAGAACAUCUAGACCUGAGUGACAACGCAAUCAUGUCAUUACAAGGCAACGCAUUUUCACAAAUGAAGAAACUUCAGCAACUGCAUUUAAAUACAUCAAGCCUUUUGUGUGAUUGCCAACUGAAAUGGCUCCCGCAGUGGGUGGCGGAAAACAACUUUCAGAGCUUUGUGAACGCCAGUUGUGCCCACCCCCAGCUGCUGAAGGGAAGGAGCAUUUUCACUGUCAGCCCCGAUGGCUUUGUGUGUGAUGAUUUCCCUAAACCCCAGAUCACGGUUCAGCCGGAAACACAAUCAGCAAUAAAAGGUUCCAAUUUGAGCUUUAUCUGCUCGGCCGCCAGCAGCAGCGACUCCCCCAUGACUUUCGCUUGGAAAAAGGACAACGAGCUGCUGCACGAUGCCGAGAUGGAAAACUACGCACACCUGCGGGCCCACGGCGGCGAGGUGAUGGAGUACACCACCAUUCUUCGGCUGCGCAACGUGGAAUUCGCCAGCGAAGGGAAAUACCAGUGUGUCAUCUCCAACCACUUCGGCUCGUCCUACUCCGUCAAAGCCAAGCUGACAGUGAACAUGCUCCCUUCUUUCACCAAGACCCCCAUGGACCUCACCAUCCGCGCGGGGGCCAUGGCGCGCUUGGAGUGCGCUGCCCUGGGACACCCGGCCCCGCAGAUAGCCUGGCAGAAGGACGGAGGCACGGACUUCCCCGCCGCGAGGGAGAGACGCAUGCACGUGAUGCCCGAGGAUGACGUGUUCUUCAUCGUGGAUGUGAAGAUAGAGGACAUCGGCGUGUACAGCUGCACCGCUCAAAACAGUGCAGGAAGCAUUUCUGCCAAUGCAACCCUGACUGUCCUAGAAACGCCAUCGUUUUUGCGGCCCCUGUUGGACCGCACCGUCACCAAGGGGGAAACGGCCGUCCUGCAGUGCAUCGCCGGAGGGAGCCCUCCUCCCAGGUUGAACUGGACCAAGGAUGACAGCCCUUUGGUGGUCACCGAGAGGCACUUUUUUGCAGCAGGCAACCAGCUGCUGAUCAUUGUGGACUCAGACGUCAGCGAUGCUGGGAAGUACACGUGCGAAAUGUCUAACACCCUCGGCACCGAGCGGGGCCACGUACGCCUCAGUGUGAUCCCUACUCCGACCUGUGACUCCCCUCAGAUGACUGCCUCGUCGUUAGACGAUGACGGCUGGGCCACCGUGGGCAUCGUGAUCAUAGCGGUGGUCUGCUGUGUGGUGGGCACGUCGCUGGUGUGGGUGGUCAUCAUAUACCACACGAGGCGGAGGAACGAAGACUGCAGCAUCACCAACACAGAUGAGACCAACUUGCCAGCAGAUAUCCCCAGUUACCUGUCGUCCCAGGGGACACUGGCUGAUAGACAGGAUGGCUACGUGUCCUCAGAAAGUGGAAGCCACCACCAGUUCGUCACUUCUUCGGGGGGUGGAUUUUUCUUACCACAACACGAUGGUAACGGGACAUGCCAUAUCGACAACAGCAGUGAAGCUGAUGUGGACGCUGCCACAGAUCCAUUCCUUUGUCCCUUUUUGGGGUCCCCAGGCCCCGUGUGUUUGAAGGGGAAUGUGUACGGCUCAGAUCCUUUUGAAGCCUAUCAUACAGGUCGUGGCGCGGACCCUAGAACUGCCCUGGUGGACCCCUGUGAGGCCAGUCACACAAAGAAGAAGGAGUGCUACCCGUGUCUCCACCCUGCAGAAGAAGCCUGUGAACCGAGUGUCGGUGACACGGGGUGGCCAUCGCAUGUGAGGAAGUUAAUCAGCUCCACUUACGCUCAGAGUGAAGGACCUGGAGUGAAAAAUGUGUGUCUAAAGUCCUCUUUAGAUUUUGGGCCAAGUUCAGAGCCAGCAUUGGUUACUUCGAGUAGUUCGUUCAUGGGAACCUUUGGAAAGCCUCUGAGGAGACCCCACCUGGAUGCCUUUUCAAGCCUCGGGCAGCCAUCGGAGUGCCAGCCAGGAGCCUUUCACGUGAAAGCACAUUCUUCCCCAGACUUGGACUCUGAGUCAGAGGAAGAUGGGAAAGAAAGGACAGAGUUUCAGCCAGAGAAUCACACAUGUACCUUUAAACAGACCCUAGAAAACCACAGGACUCCACAUUUUCAGUCCUAUGACUUGGACACAUAGGCUGAAGGCAGCCCAAGCGUUCUGACAUACUGCUACCUCACGUGAACUUUUAUUUAAAAGAGAGAGAAUCCUAUGUUUUUAAAUGGAGUUAUGAAUUUUAAAAGGAUGAAAUGUCUUAUUUAUACAUAUGGACCAAAAUUACCAAAAUUUAUACAAAUUUUAUAACUGGGAGGAACUUUCACAUACGAAUUUCUUUUUAAACUAUUUUAUAACUUUGUUUUGUGUAAAAAAAAAUCUUGUGUAAAUUAAGGGUAUAAAUCCAUUGCUAUUUUAUGUAUUUUUAUAAUGCCAGAUUUCUUUUUAUUGAAAAUGAGUACUAAAGCAUUUUAAAUAAUACCUGUCUUGUACUUUUUUUGAACAGAGUUCACUUCAUUUUAUUUUGCACAUUUAAUAAAAUGUAUCAUUUUGAACCCAAGCCCCAUCUAUACAAUACCGUCGUUAUUGUUUUCAACCCUGUGUAGGCCUAAUUAUUGAACAUGAUCAUGUCUCAAGCCGGUGAAAAUUACAUGCAACAUAUAAAAAUAUGAGCAAAAACCGACCGUUCCGCCUACCUCCCAGGACUGUAACACAGACGCACAGCAGAUCCGUGCGGAAGCUUGGUGAAGGGGGAGGAGCUACAGGGGUCUGAGGCCCGUUAGUCUCUAACCCUUCGAACAAAGGAUUUGUUGUAGUCUGGUGUAAGGUAGCACAGCCACCGUUGCUUAAGUCACUGCUGCACGCCACGAUUCCUUAAUUAUACUGAUGCUUCGUGUGGUCCAGUGCUUUGUGCUUUUCCAAACAGUUUCACGUUCACCAGCCCUUCAGUUAUAACGAGGGUGGUUUUUGCACAUUUCUGUGGAUUUUCGUCCGAUGUUCCAGGUUGUAGGAUGCCAACAGAAUUCUUUGCUGUUCCUGUUGAUUUUCUGCUGGAUGAGCAGUUUUUGUUAAAAUAAGGUAUGCUAAGCCGACUUGCAACAUUCAUUAAGAAUUAAAAUAUUUUUCUAAUUUGGUUAUCAUAGCUCUACUUGGUAAAAAUGGAGUAUGAAAUCUGUUACUUGAACACAAACUAUUUAAAAUAUUUGUUUUAAACAGAAAUUUAAGUGACACAGUUUGAAGUAGUUUAAUAAAACAAACAAGUUUAAUAAUUCAGAUGAUGAAACUGGAUUUUUUUUUUUUUCGGGAAUCCUUGUUUACAUCUGUAGCUUAAAAAACCCUCUUGCCCAAGAUAAGUUAAGUUGGUGUGGAAGGAGCUGAUGUAGCACAUUUGGCUUUAAAAAUCUAACCAGCUAGAAGGGUGACUGUGCGUCAUGGUCAGCCCUUAGACUGAGCAGCCAUGAGAAGAGCAGGGUCUCCUCCUCCGAGGAGCUGUUCCGGUGAAGCUUCCCUGCAUAGUGAGUUGAGUAAAGCGCCGUUAUUUGUGAGCCGGAGCCUGGAACCCAGGUCGCAGUAAGAUUUUCCUCUAAUUGAGACACCGAGUCGAAGGCAGGAAGUUACCCUUCCUUGGACCACUAGUGACUAAGUGCAAAGGAGUGAUUUUGGAUGCUUCGCCUUUAUCACGUUGCCGCAUUUUCCAGUCUUCCUGUUGAUUUGUCUUCAUUACGGCCAGAUGGGAUGCAGCCAUCGCCAGGGGCUUCUUCAGUAAUGAUGAACUUAAGAACAAAGUUUUAAAUCAUUAACACCUGAAGCUCAAGACGUAGAUUCAUCGCACAUCAGUAUGAGUGUUCCCUUUUACUGCGCCUUUGUGCUGACACUCAAGAUUGUGUGCGAUCUCAGCUGUCUGGAGGGACAGGGAGAGCUCAGCUUCGCUUGGACAUGCGCAGGAAAAGGGUGUGUGUGAGACUCCAUAUUGAACUAACCAAACGAGUCUAGUAGGUAUUAAGAGAUCCUAAAAUAACAUAGACUUUAAAAAAACUAAUGUAAAUAAAUAUCAAGUCACUUGGCUUAUUUAUGAGGAGGAAUGCUUAGUAUUUUCAGUUUAAUUUUUCUAUACAUGUAUAACAUAUCCUACUAGAUGUUCACACAACUUUUGUAUUUUUUCUUUGACUAUUGACAUUAAUGAUAAUUACUGUGUAUAGUCUUAUCUGUUUUUUAAGAUAUUGGGGGGAAAAUGUUCCUUACUUGAGGCAGGCAAUAUUUUAUAAAAAAUUAAAGAUCUGUAGAAUACUUACAAUUUAUUUUCACAGUGUCCUUGCAGAAAGAAACUGACAGUUAUUUCUCAGAACAAAGCUAAUGGUACUGUUUUUAAAAACUUGAUAGGAAAAGAAACAUGCUCUGAUAUUUGUAAACACUUGAGAGGUUUUAGUCCUGAUUUAAUGUGGUAGGAAGUAAUUCACAUCCAAUAUUAGCAUAGAUGUGCUAUGCUGGUAUUUUUCAAAGACAACGAGAACCAAAUGUUAUUGCAAAGUGCCUGCCUGUGCCUCCCCCCCUCGGAAUGAAUCUGCAAUAAUUGGACUUGUAUAAUAGGAUAAUUUAUUUUUUUAAUUUUUAUUUUAGUUUUAAUUAAGUUUAUUGGGGGGAUGUUGG